CCAGCCAGUACAAAUGGCUCUUUCUGUGAAAAAAAAUCGCUCCUUUGGUCAUUUGCAACAGUCGCAUGCGAAGAUGUGCAUCCAAGAUUUCUGUAACAAAAACAUGGCUGCUACGCCGGUCUCCUGGCCCAUUCCCAUGAGGGCUAUCGGAGCUCAGAAUCUGCUCACCAUGCCGGGAGGAGUCAGCACAUCUGGAUAUCUGCACAAGAAAGGGGGCAGCCAGUUCAGCCUGAUGAAAUGGCCUCUUCGCUUCAUCAUAAUCCACAAAGGCUGUAUCUACUAUUUCAAGAGCAGUACUUCUGCCGCACCUCAAGGAGCGUUUUCACUCAAUGGCUACAACAGGGUCAUACGGGCAGCAGAGGAAACAACAUCUAGCAAUGUUUUUCCUUUUAAGAUCGUCCACUUCAGUAAGAGACACCGUACGUGGUAUUUCUCAGCGGCGAGUGAGGAUGAGAGAAGGAAGUGGAUGCGACACUUAAGAAAAGAAAUCAGCUAUUAUAACGAUAAAAGAGAUCUGCCUCUUCCAAGUGAUGAUUUAGAUUCUGAGAGCAUAUAUGGGCAGUUAGAGGAGCCGCUAGAAAUCAGUCCUGUUGAAGAAGAUCCUGAAGCAGAUUAUAUGACACAAGACGAAGACAGCGAUGGAGAGGAUAUAUCGCCUGUGUCCGCAGGUCGACCCACGGUUCCUCCUCCACCGUAUCCUCCACCCCCUGUUCCUGUUCAGCCGAGAGAAAACCGCCUCACGAAAGGCCCGCCGCCUCCGCUGCCCCCUCCAUUCAAAAAGCCAUCCUGUACAGCCAAAGGUCCUCCUCCGCCGCUGCCGUACGCCCCGCACCUAGAGAAACCAGAUGUAUACCUGUCAAACAGAGGCCCUGGUGGCCCCAUGCCUCCUUUACCCCCUCCAAACAGCAUGAAGCCCAUGACAGGCCCCUUUUCCACGAUGCCUGCUUAUGAAAAGAAGCCGAAUGCCUCUCUCAUUGGGAAUACGGCGGCUACUUUACCCAUCGUUGAGAACCUGCAGAAAGUGAUUCUGAACUUGUCGAAACCGCACCUGGGGGUGAAGCCCACACCUGACCCGCGGCCCGUCUCGCCUCACCUGUCCAGCUCCGUCAGCAACAGGGCGCUCGGCCAGAUACCCAAGCCUCCGUUACCAAGCAAACCCAAACCCAGCAGACCCUCCUUCCAAAGAGUGUCACCGGACGGACAGAGUUUUCGUUCUUCUAUUGAAGAAAAGCCUUUAAAAAACCGAGUGCAGGGCAAAAUUAAAGAAGACUCAGAUGAUGAGGACUAUGAAAAUGUGAAUUUGCCUAACUCUGUCUUUGUGGACACAAUGGAAACCAAUAAUGUCGAAAGAUUAUUUAAGGAUACAUACACCUGCCCACCGAACGGUCUGUACUGCAUCCGCAAAUCAGGAACAGGAAAAACAUCACAGGUGCUGGUUGUUUGGGACUCCGGUAUAAACAAAGCCAGAAAUUAUAGGCUCUUUGAGGAGGACCAGCGGGUGUAUCUGGAGGCAGAUCUGACGUUCCCCACUUUAUCUGCCCUUGUUGAAAACUAUCACAUCAACCCACUGCCGAGCAAUAACAACUCAAUGCCCAACUACUCCCUCUGCUUACAUCUACCGUUCGGCUACGACCCACCCAGGUGACAUCGGCCCCCUGUCCCAUGCUGAAACACCCACCCACUCACUGCACAGCCGUGCCGGUUCUGGACCAGACUUCUGCUGACAGCGCCACCUGCUGGAGAACGCCUCCCAUCACACCUGAGCGCCCAGUCGACUGGAUGCCCUCACUAGUUUGAUACACUGUGCAUAUCAAUGGAUAAUUAAUCCAGUGAACCAAUGAACUGUGUUCAUUUAAGUCCAGUGUUCAGACGGGAGUCUUACUAUUAAAAUUACAAAAAUCCAGUGAAUUAAACAGUGUUAAAUAGCAAAUGUGCAUUUUAGUACACAUACUGUACUGCAUAUACGUAUUAGUAUACUGAAUGAUUGGCAUGUAAUGUGAUCAAUCACUGUUUGCAUUGUUUAUUGGUGUGGUUAUCUGGAAUAGAGUAAAAUAUCUAGUUCAAUAGAAUAUUGCACAGAAACCACAGACACUGCUAUGCAAUGCUUCUUCACUGGAACAUAACUCCCAAAGUAUAUUCUCAUGGUUGUUUUUAAUUCCAACAUAAGAACGCCUGAAUGUUAUUGCAAUAUUUCAUACUGUAAGUAUUAUUUUAUUGCACAAAAUUUGUAUUAUAUUGUACAUCAUAUAAGUCAUUUAAUAACUGGAUGCUAUUGUUAUGUUUGUACACUGCACACUGUUGUGAGGUGAAUUAUACACACUUGAAACUAAAUGCACAGUGAAAAUAAAACGAAUUGUUUAGAAAUUAAAAAGACCAGAUCUUAUUUACAUAUAAGUAUAGUGACAAGUUGACAACACAAUAUGAAAUUCUUCUGGACUUUUUCUUAAUAAAAUGAUUCAACCUCAAAUCAGUAUUCCAUACAUAUGGUUAUUUGGUAUAUAUGU